GCAAUUGUCCAGCCGGGGAAGAAAGCCAGUCAAUCGGAGCGGCCGGGCGAUCAGAAACUGGAGUUUUCGUUCCUCCUCUCCAGCACGCCUUGAAGCAGGCUGGGACAGUACGGGCUUUGUUCAGCAGCACUCAUGUGGCCAGCUGGCUGUCUGGACAUGUGGGCCACCGAAGCGGCAGAAUCGCUCCUACGGACAGAAGAAACCUUCUUAGCAUGUCUGGCCCGGAUCGACACCAUCGUUCUCAAGCCCCUGCUCCAGGCGGAGCGCAGUGAGCAGAAAGGAAAGGGUCACUCGAAAUUGUUGCUGCUAUUGAACGACCAUUUCCACACGCUCUGGGACCUGACAGAAGAAAACUACCGGGCCCUGAAACAGAAGGUCAGCAUCUCCGUGUCCCUCUGCCUCCAAGACCUCUACAUCCUGUGGAAGGAAGACCUCUUCCUCAGCAGCUACAUCCAGUACUUCGACACCUUUGCAAACUGCGUUGCAGCCCAGGGCUUUGACCAGGCGGCCAAGCACAAAAGUGAAUUCUGGAAGACGCACAAGACGGCGCUGAAGCAAUUCCUCGCCGACUUCACCUCGGAGACGUCCAUCCCUGUGGCCCUGCAUACAGUCCUCCAUAAAGCUCUCCGGGAUCAUGUGCGGCAGUAUUCCCACAUCCUUGUCAGGCUCAGGGAGGCCAUUGGAGAGAGCCCGGAGACGGAACUCGUCACCAAUGCUGCCAAGCAGUACUCCAAGCUGCAGUCUUUCAUCAGCCAAGUCCUGGAUGAAGCCUGCCUGACCAAAGCCCUGUGGAAGUCUUUGGGACACAAACUCAUGGACUCGCUCUGUAUCCCUGAGCGCAGGGUGCUAGAAGACAGCAAAAACCUUCCAGUCUUGGCCAGCGUGGGUCGAACCGACCGGGUUCUGCUCUUUAACGACAUCCUAGUGCUGAUUCAGGGGAACAAUUUCCAAAGUUUUAAUCUGAAGCUUGUGUGGGUAGAUGGAACCUGCAGUGACCAGCCAGCUCCAGAGAAACAAACCCUCCGUAUCGUCACACCAGAAGAAGAAUUCGUCCUCUCUGCCAAAGAGCCUCAGAUGAGGGCCGUCUGGCAUUGGAAGCUGAACCAGGCCGUGUGCCAGGCGCUGAACGGGAAGAGAGAUUUCCCCUUGUGGGGCAAGGCUAGAGAGGGAAGCGAACCUUCCGUCCAUCGCUUCUUCAAGUACACCUUCCGAGCAGAGGGCAGGCUCAAGAACGCAGUGUACGAAGGUGAAUGGUCCUGGGGCAAACCGCAUGGCAAGGGGACGUUGAAGUGGCCUGAUGGCCGGAACCACGUUGGGGAUUUCCAAGAGGGCCUGGAACACGGCUUUGGCAUCUGCCUCAUCCCGCUCGCCUCCGAGGACAAGUACGACUGCUACAAAUGCCACUGGUGGGAAGGCCGGAGGCGAGGCUACGGCAUCUGUGAGUAUGGCAAUGAGAUGGUUUACAAAGGAUACUUCAGUGAUAAUCUGCGUCAGGGUUUUGGUAUCCUGGAAAACCCUUCCUCGGAGCAGCCGUUUAAGUAUACCGGGCAGUGGGACGGUGACAAGAAGAGCGGGUACGGCGUCUGGGACGACAAGGACAGAGGGGAAAGGUACAUUGGGAUGUGGCAAGAUGACCACAGACAUGGACAAGGCAUUGUGGUCACCCAGUCUGGCAUGUGCUACCAAAGAACAUUUCAUGCAGAUAAAAUGGUGGGUUCUGGGAUUCUCCUCUUAGAAGAUGACUCUGUUUACGAAGGCAGCUUCACGAGGGAUCUAACGUUUGUCGGCAAGGGAAAGCUGACCUUUUCCAACGGCUUCACCCUGGAGGGCACCUUCAGUAACAAAUCUGGCCAAGGGCUUCAGACCCAGGGAACCCUGAACACAUCCAGUGACAAGCAGGAGGACUCGAUAACCAAAGUUCAGUUGGGUCUUGAUGACUUCCCGGUGGAGAAGAGAUGGCCGGGGAUCUACGACCAGUUCCUGGAAUUCAUCCAUUUGGGUUGCAAAGAAGAAACGGAGGAGUCCUUCACGGGGUUCCACAUACAGACCAGCAAGGAGCUGCGGAAGUCACAGGAGUACCUCUUCUGCGAAAGGGGGCCCGAGGACAUCUCUGGGAAGAUAGGCGAUGUCCUCAAAGAACUAGUUCAGCACCAGGGUCUGGAGUCGCUCCAGCAUUAUUUACAAAAGGCUUUUGAGUCUUCCCUAGGUUUACUUCAUCUGGCGUUGGAGCAGAAAGGCCAACCACCAGUGGAGACAGAAGACAGAGAGAAAAGUGACCUGAAUGCAUACAGAGUGAUUCUGCCUCUCAUCCUGCCCUGUUUCUACCCGGAGCUCUUCAUGUUGUACAUGCUCUACCAUGAGAAGGAAGAUGACCUCUACUGCCAGGGGAUUGUGGACCUGAGUUUAUUUUCUGAUGUCAAGCUGCUGGAAUUUCUGGAUGUACAGAAGCACCUAUGGCCUCUCAAAGAUCUCAUCCUAACGACCAAUCAGAGACGUUCUCUUGUCAAAGACAAAUGCUUCCUGUCGGCUACGGAAUGUCUGCAAAAGUUGAUCACGACUGUGGACCCCCGGGAGAAGUUGGAGAUCCUACAGAAGACGUAUGAGGAGAUAGAGGGCACCGUGUCACGAGUCACGGAGAGGGACUACAAACUCCCCAUGGAUGACCUGUUGCCGCUGUUGAUGUAUGUUGUAUCACGGGCGAGAAUACAGCACCUAGGAGCUGAGAUACAUCUGAUCAGAGAUCUGAUGGACCCUACCAAUGAAGGAGGGAUGUACGACUUUCUGCUAACAGCACUGGAGUCAUGUUACGAGCACAUUCAGAAAGAUAUGAGACUGCAUCCAAGGGAGAACUGGCAUGUGGCACGUGAUCUUUGACUUUCCCAAUCCAGAGGAGAUCGUCACGCACUUUGACGACCGAACACUUUUAGGAGAUGAAGAAGCCAACGGAGAGCCCGCCUUCGAGUUCACUUUCCAAUGGGAAGAAUGUUGCUUGAGUCUCAAGGCAGUGUUUCUUUCUUUCUUUGACGUACACAACAGCUAGCGCCUGGACUUGCGGGGUGCGUCUACACAGCAGGGCUUCACUCGAAAUAAGCG